UUAACUCCAGCAAUUACCUCAUCUUUUACUACGUACGCGUUCUCAUUUACUCCAGUUUUCCACAACACACCACAUACAACUUGUAUAUAUACACGUACACAAAACAAAACAUAUAUAAACAACUAACCAUUCCAACAUCAAAACAAACAUAUAUUUAAUUUCCAUACAAAUAUACAAUGGUCAAGAGAAGCUGGGACAACGUCAACACGGAGGUCGAAACCUUAGCCAUGGCAAACUGCCUCAUGCUCCUUUCACGAGUCGGUCAAUCAAACUCGUUACCCGAUCGGGUCUUCACCUGCAAGACAUGUAACAAGGAGUUCAAGUCAUUCCAAGCUCUAGGCGGCCACCGCGCGAGCCACAAGCGGUUGAAAACAACCGAUGGAGACAAGAUACAAACUCCCCCUAAGCCCAAGACACACGAGUGUCCGGUUUGUGGGUUGGAGUUCGCGAUCGGGCAGGCGUUAGGCGGGCAUAUGAGGCGGCACCGUGAUGGUGGUAGUGAGAAAAGCGAUCGGGUUGAAAAGGUUAUGGAGAAGAGAGGUUUGUGUAUGGAUUUAAAUUUGACGCCAUUAGAGAAUGACUUGAAGUUGUGGAGUGGUGUUAAAACGGCUCUUGCUAUGUAAUGACGGCGUUUGUGGAAGUAAUGAAAUUGAAGUUGAUGGCUUUGAUCGCCAUUAUUGGAUAUAUUGUACAUACAUUGAGCAAAUUUAAUUUGAAAUUUA